CACGUCUCUUUCUCUCUCUCUCUCUCUCUCGAACUCCUAUCUAUUUCCCGGAACUCCUCAGUCUCUCUCUCCGGUUACAUGGUCGGCAGCGGCACCGUCUCUCUGGCCGUCCAUAAUCUCAAUCGUGUCGCCAAACGCCAACUACUCUCAUUAGUUCCGACUGCAAGGGAAUCGCUGGAGAGUUUCCUGCGUGCCAUCUCGAACGUUGCCGAUGAUCAAAUCACAGGCUGCGUUUUGUAAGAGUGCAAACUUCGAACCGUUGCAAAUAUGCUCUCCGGUUCAGGUUUGCGCCCGUUUGGUAAGAGCGUGAAACUCUAUCAACAUUCGAUGCAAAUAUGUAAACGUGGGAGGGUUUUCAUCGAAAAUAAGUUGCUAUUAUUCUCAACCGAAGCAUAUCGUUUUCUGCAUAAUCCCUCAGAGAGAGAGAGGACAACGGCUUCUUCCGAACUGCAAACUCCAGGAGAUCUGAGCCGCCGGUUGCUUUCUUCUUCCUCAGCGGAACUCCAUACCAACGUUUUUAGGUCGCAUAUCCUGUCAGAGGGAGAUUCGACCCUGUUCUCUGAAGCCAUCGUAGCAGUUGGAGCAUCUCAACAAAACCCUCCGUCGGUUGCAUUUCUGGUUCCUAUCUUACCCUCCUUUUUCAGACCCGAGAAGGGAUGGUUGCUGGAGAGGAUACUGUGGUUUCAUCUAUCGGGAGCAAAAAGGAUGGUCACAAGGAUAAGGAUGUCCUAUCUAUUUCUCACUCUACCUCAACCAAGCAUAAAAGAACCCGGCAAGUUCGUUGGAAUGAUGCAAUGGAUAAAGCAUUGAUUGAGUUGCUUGCUAAUCAAGUUGCCUCGGGCAACAAAGAUGAUAAAGGGUUCAAGACAUCAGCAUACACAUAUGUUUGCAAGGAAAUGACUAAUCAAUUUGGCAUUGAGAUGAAAACACCGCACAUCAAGAGUAGGAUGCGAACCUUAAAGCCUAUUUAUUUAGAAGCUAAGAAGUUAUUAGGCACAAGUGGCUUCAGAUGGAAUGAAUCAAGAAAUCAAAUUCAAGCAAAUCCUGCGGUUUGGGAGCAGUAUCUACAGGCCAAUCCUCAUGCAUUUAAAGUAAAGGGUCGUGUCUUGAAGAUGUAUGAUGAAAUGCAAGUGAUAUUGGGAAUUGACCAGGUCAUGGGUGAAGAGGCUAGAAUUGGUAUUGAACUUGUAAAUGAAUUAGAUGUUGAGGAAGAUAGUGAUAAUGACAUCGAUGUUGAUAUCUAUGAUGAUGCAUCUACAUCAUUGUUAGCUAUCGAUGAAUUCAUUAGUGCAAUUGAUAGGAUGAACGAGGCAAUGAAAAAGAUAGCAGCUGCCCUCACGGUUCAAAGUGAUCAAGAGUUCUUCAAUGAAUUGUGGCAUGAGGUCAUGAACAUGGAUGGGUUUGACCCUCAAGAUUUGAAUGCUGUGUUUGGGUACUUGGGUCAAAAUGAGAGGAAGGCCAAAGUUUUUCUUGCUAGAGCUAAGCCCUAUAGGGCUCAAAUGGUCCACUCCAUCAUCUCUGAGUUGCCUAGCUUUGGUAUGUUGUAGUAAUUGACUUAAUUUGCAUCCUUUUUUUGUUGAAUGUUGACUGCUCAUAGCCAUUUACUUAUAGUAAUAUGCAAACUGCCAAACUACCUUUCUUCCUUCCAGUAA